AUGUGGACCUUCCUGGGAAUAGCGAGCUUCACGUACCUUUAUAAAAAGUCCGACUCAGUCUUGACUUUGGCUCCCAAAGAGCUUGCGAUGGCCGCAGCAUUGUUACUUACAGUCGGGCUGCUGCUCUCAUAUAUCAGGUAUUUUCAUGACCAGAAGCUCAGAGUCUCUCAGGUGCUUCAUUUGCCCCUGAGCCUCUUCUCUUUUUUACCUGUCAUCAACCAAUUCAUCCCUCAAACUUCAGCACAGAGCAGCGAGAAGGCAGGGAACCACUGUGAAAAGAGUCGCAGAACGAGGAAAAGAGUGGAAAUGAAGUCCUCUGCCUCACAGAGCGCCUCAGCCUGUGGCCCCUCAGAGGCCCCGGAGCCAGACGUGGUGAUAGUCGGGGCCGGGGUCCUGGGCUCGGCUAUGGCUACCGUCCUGGCCCGGGACGGGAGGAGGGUGACGGUGGUGGAGAGGGACCUGAAGGAGCCUGACAGGAUAGUGGGGGAGCUGCUGCAGCCUGGAGGAUUCAGAGCGCUCAAAGAGCUGGGACUGGAGGGUUCAGUGGAGGGUCUGGAUGCCCAUCUGGUCAACGGCUAUGUGAUCCAUGACAUGGAGAGCAGCACAGAGGUGGAGAUCCCCUACCCCCAGGCGGAGGAAAGCAUCCAGUGUGGACGCGCUUUCCAUCACGGUCGAUUCAUCAUGGGCCUGAGGAGAGCUGCGCUGGCCGAGCCAAAUGUCACAUUCAUAGAAGGCACGGUGACCAGUUUGCAGGAAGACGACGGCUGUGUAACCGGAAUCCAGUAUAAGGAUAAAGAAACCGGAGACAUCAAGGAAAUUCACGCAUCGCUGACUGUUGUGGCCGAUGGCUGUUUCUCCAAGUUCAGAAAGAGUCUGGUGCCUGGGAAAGCUCACACGUCCUCUCACUUUGUCGGCUGCCUUAUGAAGAACUGUCCCCAGUUUAAAGCCAACCACGCUGAGCUGGUGCUGGCCAACCCGAGCCCGGUUCUAAUCUACCAGAUCUCCUCCUCAGACACCAGAGUACUCGUGGACAUCAGGGGGGAGAUGCCUCGAAACCUCUCCCAGUACAUGGCUGAGAAGAUAUACCCACAGCUACCAGAGCAUUUAAAGGAGCCUUUCAUGGUGGCACUGCAGAACGAUCGACUCAGGUCCAUGCCCGCCAGCUUCCUCCCUCCCUCGCCUGUCAACAAGCCAGGCGUCCUUCUGCUGGGUGAUGCUUACAACAUGAGGCAUCCUCUGACGGGAGGAGGGAUGAGUGUCGCUCUCAAUGACGUUCGCAUCUGGAGGAGCCUGCUCAAGAACAUCCCGGAUCUGUACGACGACAGGGCCAUGCUGCAGGCAAAGAAAAAAUUCCACUGGGAACGCAAGUCAUCACAUUCUUUCGUGGUGAAUGUGUUGGCCCAGGCUCUGUAUGAGCUGUUUGCAGCCACCGACAGUUCUCUUCAUGAGCUGAGAAAAGCCUGCUUCCAGUACUUCAAGCUUGGUGGAGAGUGUAUUACCGGGCCUAUCGGACUCCUCUCAGUGUUGACACCCAAACCCAUGACCCUCAUUGGACACUUUGUCGCCGUGGCACUGUACGCAAUCUACUUCAACUUCAAGUCUGAGUCGUGGAGUACCAAACCUCGAGCUUUAUUGAAGAGCGGAGCCAUCCUGUACCGAGCCUGUACAGUCAUGUUACCGCUCGUCUACUCUGAACUCAAGUACCUGGUGUACUGAGGAGCAGUACAUGUGGACACAGGAAGACCAAACUCAUUGUAAGGUCUCACUAGACCGACGGCUUAAUUUUAAGCAAAACAAAACUUGCAAAAAGCUGGUAUUUGUCAGUAGUUUCUAUGUUUGCCUUCAUGCUGAAAAGGUACUGUUGCCUUCUUAAAUCGGGAUUUUACAAUUGAGGGUUUUCUACAGUUUGCCUCUGCCUUGCUGAACAUGUCAUUGUCUGAAUGUCCUACUUGUUUUAAUUUGGACAUAUUAUGCAACGAUGCCUUGGUGUAGCCUCGUUUGUGCUCACCCACACAGUCUGGCCUAUAUGCUGGAGGAUUACAACAUACAGUGUACCAACUCACAGCCCGAAUUACACUGAAAAUUCAAUCCUGUGGAAUUAUUCCUGCCAAACAGAGCUGCUAUGUGAAACAUGGCAUCUGAAUUUUGUAAUAAUAAUUUUGCAGUCGAGCCACUUUUGUGCUGUACAUUUUCCCGUCGAUGUGCUUUGGACUGUAUUUACCAGGGGAAUUGGUUUAAAUCUGAAGCGCCGAUGAUGCAAUGUCAUAAAACAACAAGCUGUCUGAAUUAUUAGCAUAUUGUGUAUUUUAAUACAGACGUCCAGUCUACUUUCAACCUGAUUUUGUCGAGGAAAAGGUCUGCAGUACUUUUUUUGUUGAAGUCCCGCUCAUUCUUUCCUGUAAUGAUCACUUCCUGCCCUCCUGAUAUUGUUGCUCUGUUCGUAUAGUGAUAAGGGACAUUUUGGUUCCUCCAGCCAGUCUGAAACAUGCUGACCGUGCAGCUGACAAAAGUAUAAUCACAGCACUCGGGAAUGAUCCCAGCACUCUUUUAGUCCUGCUGGAUGUCAGUAAGGAGCUGAUGCAGCAUGUUGCCUGGGGGAAGUGUGGGUUUGACUGUGAUAGAAGGACUGAUCAUAUGAGGACCAAGUCAGUAGAUGACGCUCAUGGGUUGAGCUGACACAGACAAGAGCUCCUGACCUGUAAUCCACCACACUGUUGUGUUUAC